UCACCAUCACAUUCCCUGCUGGGCCAAAAAGAAAGGCAGUCAAGUCCCACCCACCCUAACCGGUCUAUCUCACUCACCCCCCAAUCUCACCCCACCACGUCACCCUCUCCAUGCUGUAAAGCCCGGACGCACUCUCACCGUCACAGAAUCCCUCUCUCUCUCUCUCUCUCUCUCUCUCUCUCUCUCUCUAUCUGUUUGCCAAACCCUCAUGCCCUGUCGGCGAGCCCCCCAAAGUAGCCGUUGAGGUCGCCGGAAAUCUGACGCGGCCAUGUCCCGGAGUGCCGAAUCAUAGAAGUGAGCGAGCGAUUGAGCUCUUUGACCCUCCUUUUGGCUUAGAAGAUCUUAAGCCGAGAUACCAAAAGAGAGAGAGAGACAGAGAGAUAUAUAAACGAUGUACGUGGUGCCUCCGCCUCAGCGUCCUGAUCCGGGGUCCGGAUCCACUGAUUUACGGGUCUACCAAGCUUGGAAAGGCAGCAAUAUAUUUUUUCUUCAGGGAAGGUUCAUAUUUGGACCAGAUGUAAGAUCUCUUGGAUUGACAAUAUUCCUUAUUGUUGCUCCUGUAGCAGUUUUCUGCGUCUUUGUUGCCAGAAAACUGAUGGAUAAUUUUUCUCAUCAUUUGGGAAUAUCAAUAAUGGUUGUUGCUGUUGUCUUCACAGUAUAUGUUUUGGUUCUUCUUCUGCUAACCUCCGGAAGAGAUCCUGGUAUAAUUCCGCGUAAUGCACACCCUCCAGAGCCAGAAAGCUUUGAUGGGAGUGUAGAAGUUGGGGCUGGCCAAACUCCUCAGUUACGCUUGCCCCGCAUUAAGGAAGUGGAGGUUAAUGGGAUCUCUGUAAAGAUUAAAUACUGUGAUACCUGCAUGCUUUAUAGACCUCCUCGCUGCUCACACUGUUCAAUUUGCAAUAACUGCGUAGAGCGAUUUGAUCACCACUGCCCCUGGGUUGGGCAGUGUAUUGGGCUGCGAAAUUACCGAUUCUUCUUCAUGUUUGUUUUCUCGACGACCCUUCUUUGUAUAUAUGUCUUUGCCUUCUGCUGGGUCUACAUUAGGAGGAUCAUGGAAGAAGAGGAAACGACAAUUUGGAAAGCAAUGAUAAAAACACCUGCUUCCAUUGUGCUAAUAGUUUACACUUUCAUAUCCAUGUGGUUUGUUGGUGGCCUUACUGCCUUCCAUUUAUAUCUCAUCAGCACAAAUCAGACUACCUAUGAAAAUUUCAGAUAUCGAUAUGAUCGGCGAGCUAAUCCCUAUAACAAAGGAGUGGUGGAAAACUUCGAGGAAAUAUUUUGCACCAGCAUUUCCCCCUCCAAGAACAAUUUCAGGGCAAAGGUGCCAAGGGAACCCGGGUUACCUGCUAGGUCAGUGGGUGGGGGUUUUAUGAGUCCAAACAUGGGGAAAGCUGUGGAGGACAUAGAAAUGGGCAGGAAAACGGUAUGGGGAGACAUAGGUCCCGGGGCAGAUCAUUGUGAAGGGCAACUUAACAACAAUGAUCGCAUGAACAUUAAGGAUGGGGAAUUAGGUGAAAUUUCUCCCGAUGUAAGGACUACGGUAGAGGACCCAGGGGAUCGUGCCAGUGCCGGAAUGCAUCCCAGGCGAUCCAGUUGGGGAAGGAAAAGUGGAAGCUGGGAAAUGUCACCUGAAGUUCUUGCUUUGGCCGCUAGAGUUGGGGAGCCAAACCGUGUUGGUGGGAGUAGCAGCAGCAACUUGACAACUGAGAGCAACCGGCAUUCAUAGCCAAUGUGUGAUGGAUAACUGGACUCAGGGAAAUGAAAUGGGAUUUGAUUUGGUUGCUGUAGCGUGGGUUCUUUAAGGUUUUCACGAUCGGUCACUAAACUCCCCACAUUAAGAUUAUGUGCAAAAUGGUAAAACUUCGUUUUCCCAGGGGGGGGGGGGGGGGUGGUUUCAGUGUUGGUUUGGCCUUUGUGCGUUUAGGAAGGAGAUGGUGUGUUGUUGUAUGAGUGAGGGUUUCGUCAGUCAUGAUUUUGUACUAAAGUUUGUGGAAUUAGUUAGCAUCUAAUCGUAUUGCUUUUGUGGAA